CACAAAAGGAAUUUCUCAUUAUUUUAGGACGCAGAGUAAUUUGAUGCUUUCGUCCGGCUCAACUGCCCCUGUCCAACUACUCCAACCAUAGCAAAAGACGGCGACGCGGAGUAAUUGUAUCCGCUUAACAAGCGUAAUACGGAGUAAAACUAUUCCGAUAAUCAGAUUUGAGGACCGAGGAUCGACUCAUCGACAUCGGCCGCGACGCUUGGACGCCCGCCUGCCGCCCUGUCUAUCAUCGGUGCUCAGUGCUUCGGCCUUUUGGUACGCGGCACGGUUGCUGCCUAGCUUCUCUUCUCCCGCUUCCAGAUUCAGGCCCUGCAGUUCCGCACUUUUUCCUCUUCGGCCUUCUCGGGAGUUCUGGAGACUGAUCCGCCCAGUUGAGAUCUGCUGUCUCUUCCACGCUUCUCAACAAUCUUAUUCCACAAUUUCACUCUCCAUACUGUAAGAAAUCUCAAAGAUGAGCUGGUGGUGGGCCGGAGCUAUUGGUGCUGCCAAGGCAAGUCCUCCUUCCAUCCUCUUCCCUCCAACACUAGAUUGGUAAUUGCUCAUGAGUUUUUGUAGUGAAUUUGAUUAUGAUUUGUGCAGAAAAAGAUUGAUGAAGAUGACGUACCACGGAAGCACCAGAGCGUGGCUCUCAUUGUCGGCGUCACUGGUAUAGUCGGCAACAGCCUCGCUGAAAUUCUCCCACUUGCUGACACACCUGGUGGCCCUUGGAAGGUUUAUGGUGUCGCCCGCCGCCAAAGACCAGCCUGGAACUCUGAUCACCCAAUCCAGUACGUCCAGUGUGAUAUCUCUGAUCCGGAUGAUGCCAAUUCCAAGCUUUCCGUUCUCACUGACAUCACACAUGUCUUCUACGUAACAUGGACGAACAGAUCCACCGAAGUGGAAAACUGCGAUGCGAAUGGGAGAAUGUUCAGGAAUGUUCUCAACGCAAUCAUCCCCAAUUGCCCAGAUUUGAACCACAUUUGCUUGCAAACGGGUCGAAAGCACUACUUGGGUCCAUUUGAGUUGUAUGGUCAAGUAGCACAUGACCCGCCCUAUGAUGAGGAUUUGCCCCGAUUGGAAGCACCCAAUUUUUACUACACCCUUGAGGAUAUCCUGUUCGAAGAGGUGAAGAAGAAGGAAGGACUAACAUGGUCUGUUCAUCGCCCUGGCACGAUCCAUGGCUUCUCUCCUUACAGCAUGAUGAACAUCGUGGGAACUCUCUGUGUCUAUGCAGCCAUAUGUAAGCAUGAGGGAGUUCCAUUGAGAUUUCCCGGUGUGAAAGCUGCCUGGGAAGAGUAUUCUGAUUGCUCUGACGCAGAUUUAAUUGCAGAGCAAGAGAUAUGGGCAGCUGUGGAUCCAUACGCGAAGAAUGAAGCUUUCAAUGUGAGCAAUGGAGAUGUGUUCAAAUGGAAGCAUUUCUGGAAGAUUCUGGCUGAGCAGUUUGAUGUUGAAGCUGGAGAAUUUGAGGAGGGGAAGAGGUUGAGUUUGGUGGAGGCCAUGAAGGAUAAAGGGGCUGUUUGGGAGGAGAUUGUGCGGGAAAAUGAGUUGUUGCCUACGAAAUUAGAAGAGGUUGGAGUGUGGUGGUUUGUGGAUCUUAUCUUGGGUGGAGGUUGCCCACUAGAUACCAUGAACAAGAGCAAAGAGCAUGGGUUUUUGGGAUUUAGGAAUUCCAAGAAGGCCUUUGUUUCUUGGAUUGAUAAGGUGAAAGCUCUCAAGGUUGUUCCUUAGCUACUUGGUCACUAUAUGCGGGAGCUCUUGUGGUUUUGUGUUUAUUUGUACCAUAUUUGUGUCAAAAUAUUGUUCUUUAUGUAAUGAUGCUUUUUGAAUAAAUGGGCAAUAAUACUUUAGGCCUGGGACCGGUUCGGUUCCUAGGCGAAAUAUGUGGAACCGUUUGAAAAUAUGAAAUUUUACUAACGGUUCGGUUCUUAUAAAUUAUUUUGUAGAACCGAUAAGGAACCGAACCGUUCUUAACGGUUCGGUUCUUGUCAUUUAACGGUUCCUAGUAUUUAAAAAAAAUCUUACAAAUCACGGUUAAAUUUGUAUCAAAAACACAUUCAACGCUUGAAAUUACAAUACAAAUAUGUUGAACUUCGUUUCAAACCUCA